CCGCCCAACAUCCCUAUUCCCGUUCGUCCAGAAUUCGGAACACUCUGUAUAAAGGAAUAGAGGACGACCAACCUUAGACCAAAUCACCGUUCGUUCGCCACCAGCGACCUCUCCCGACCGCCGUGCCACCACCGCCAGGGGUCAAUCAGCCUGAGGAUCUCCAGGAAGAGAAAAAGUCCUAGUGGCUUUCCACGUACCCGCCCAGACCGCUCCAACCGCCCGCACGCCACCACAACAAAACGUCACCUGUCACCGGCAUAGGAAGCUGCGCUCGACGGCUGCAAUCCGAUUCGGAUCUUGCGCCAUAUUUUUAUCCAAAGAGAUCAGAAAACAAGACGAAGGCCGACCAGUUAGCAGCAUUAUAAUCGGAUCGGAAUAAGCAUAAAAAGUUAUGAUCAGAUGAGCAUCACAAGUUCGAUCUAGACUGGAAUCAUGAGAACCAACAACAACAAUAUUAACAACUUCAGGUGGUGGUCGUGUGAUCAUCGGUACCUUCUCAUCGUAGCUGCCCUGACCUUUAUCUACAUUCAGAUGCGGCUUUUUGCUACACAAUCUCAACAUGCUGACCGGCUUGCAGCUGCAAUAGAUGCAGAAAACCAUUGCACAGGUCAGAUGCGAUCACUCAUUGACCAGAUUAGUCUGCAGCAAGGACGAAUUACGGCGCUUGAAAGUCAGUACUUCUUUCUCUCUUUUGUUGGCUGAGUGUUGCAAGCUUUACUUCUUUUUACCUUUUCAUUUUGAUUCCAUUUCCAUUGAUUCUUUAAGCUCACCAUUUCCAUUGGUUCUCUGCACUCAAAUCAUGCCUUGUGUACGUACUACUCCCUCCGUCCGGAAAUGUUCUUCCCAUUUGACUUUUUACGGUCUCCAAGAUUACACUUUGACCACUAAUAUCUUUAUUUAUACAUGGAUAUAUUUUAUAAAAAUUUGAUAUUUGAAAACUAUAUUUCAAAAUGAAUAUAUUGUUAGGAA